AUAAUGGCGGCUUCCUUGGUGAGACCACGAGUUUCUUUAUUAUACGAUAAUUAUGGUGUUAGCCCUCUUUUAAACACGUUUUUGUCAAUGGCUAAACGUGAUUGUGACUUAUCAAUGGUGUUGUUUUUGCUUACAUUAUUCAGGAAGUCGAGGCUAUUUCGAUAAUGACUGGUUCUGAUGAUUUGAAAACAGAAGAUACCGAGGUAACUUAGCUAGCUAACCAAUCAUGCAUGCUGCAGCUCUAGUCCGAAUGUGGAUAUCACCACAUUUCAACCAGUUUAGUAAGACAAUCUUAGUCCUUUUCUAUCCCUUUCUGUAGGAUGAAUCGGCAGAGGAACCAAAAUAUCAUUUGAAAACAGAAGAUCAAGAUUCCGAGGUAAUUAACAAACAUGCAUGCAACUAGGUUAUGGCUUCUCCACUCCUAAAGUUAAUGUGUUUCGGUAUCACCACAUUUAAUGACAGCCUAUUAUAGUAGUUUUUUUCUAUCAUAUUCUCCUAGGAAGAUGAACCAAGAGAACCAAGGAUUCGUGAAACGCCGGAGGACAUCAAACUCGACGCAAUUGUCAACACAUUGGCCUUCCAUCCAAAACAAGAUAUUUUUGCUGCCGGGGAUAUUGACGGUGAUAUUUACGUGUAAGAAAUAUAACCACUUGUGAUGCUUAUGAACAUUUUACAUAAAUGUAAGUGCCAUUGUGGAUGUGAACGUCAUUGUUUUGCAUCCCCAGAUACUCCUACUCAUGCACAGAGGGGGAGAGCAAGGAGCUAUGGUCGUCUGGACAUCACCUCAAGUCCUGCAGGGAAGUUGCUUUCUCUCAUGAUGGACAUAGUAAGUGUGAUCACUGGUAGGGUUUGGUUGCCUUGAAUUUAUUUUGCCCGUGAUACAUUUUUUAUCAUCAUGUUGGUGAACACAACUUGCUGGGCCAUUCAGUCUAAUGUUAUGUACUAAAUGGUUGAACAUCAACCAGUAGUUCAAUUUCUGUGUCUGUAGAACUGUUCAGCGUUUCAAAAGACAAGUCAGUCCAUCUCAUGGAUGUGGAAGGGGGAAAACUUGUCACACGCAUCGCCAAAGCCCACAGGUAAAGUCUCUUCAGGCCAUUGAUGUCUCAACACUAGUUUAGGGCUCUGUUGAUUUUUCUACACCCUUACUUGAUCCAUGUUCUGUAGCCCAAUUGCUUAACUCUGAGACUGUCCAAAGCAGAGAGAGACUAAUGGUUGUAUUGCAUUAUUGUGGAAUCUCUGUUCCUCACCUUCACACAUCUUUGACCACAGUGUCCCUAUCAAUGCACUGCUGCUGGUGGAUGAGAAUGUGCUCGCCACAGGGGAUGAUGGGGGGACACUGAAGGUUUGGGACAUGAGGAAGGGCACGUCAUUCAUGGAUCUGAAGCAUCAUGAUGAUUACAUCAGCGGCAUCGCUAUUGACCAGGCCAAGAGAAUGCUUCUCACCUCGAGGUAAGAGUUCAGUUCAGACACGAGGGAUGGGGAUGGAUAACUUACAGGUAAUACGUGUUUUCAAUGUCUCUAUUCAUUGGGACUAGCAUGAACAGAUGUGACUUGUCAACUGACAUGUAUGAUGUUUUAUGUCACAGUGGUGAUGGGACGAUGGGGGUCUUCAACAUCAAGAGGCGGCGAUUUGAGCUCCUGUCAGAGUUCCAGAGUGGGGACCUUACCUCUGUGGCGAUUAUGAAAGUGAGUGUCUCAUCCUGUUUAGCCAGUCCUGACCCUUCAGAUAUACUGGCUGAGACAAUUGAAAUCCAUGCACUAUCUAAAAAUACAUUCAGAGUCAAUAACUUAAGUUGUCCACUGUUCCACUCUUCCCUGCCUCAUCACACAGCGAGGGAAGAAGGUGGUGUGUGGCUCCAGUGAAGGGACUAUGUACAUCUUCAACUGGAACGGCUUUGGAGCCACCAGUGACCGCUUCGCUGUGAAGGCAGAAUCUGUGGACUGCAUUGUUCCCAUUACAGACAGUAUACUGUGUGCUGCCUCCAUGGAUGGAGUUAUACGGUAAGCUUUCAGUUGGAUUUUAUAUAGGAUCUAAAGAGUUUAAUGGUUUUGGAAACUUUAAUUAUUGAAAAGAAGAAUGUUAAGUUAUAGUUGUCAUCCGCAUUAGAUGAUAACCUGCAAAGCACAGAUUUGAGUGACAUUCUUUUACAAAGCUUUGUUCUUCAAAAUCUCCUAUAGAGGGCAAGAGUAUGCCAAACAUACUUAUGACAUGGCUUGAUUUUUCCUUAGAAAAAUGUUUUGUUUUCAGUGAUGCAGUACUGAAGUUUAUACUUCAUUAGAUUGUAAUUAGUCUUUCUCUCCCUCUUGACAGUGCCAUAAACCUCCUGCCCAAUCGGGUACUGGGCUGCAUAGGGCAGCAUGUUGGGGAGCCUAUUGAGCAAAUUGCCCGCUCUCGCGACUCACGUUUCCUGGCGAGCUGUGCUCACGACCAGAUGAUCAAGUUCUGGGACAUUUCAAGUCUCCGCGACAUGACAGUCAGUGACUACCGGAAGCGGAAGAAGAAAGAUGGAAACCUCAAGUCCCUCAGCAAGAAAGCCUAUGGAGUUGGGGAUGAUUUCUUUUCUGGACUGAUGGAAGAGACUGAGGCAAAAAAGGAAGAGAAAGAAGAAGAAGAGGAUGAAGGAGAAAGUGAAAGUGACAGCGAUUAAAAGAUACUUGUGGAAGUCAUGCCCGUCAUAAUGUGAUGCCAGAGGUGUUGUGUGCUAUUGGUCAAACAACUCCUGACCAUUGCACCAAUGAAAACUCCUCUCAACCGGCACUGUUGAAACAGGGACAUCUUGGCAGAGUGGAAGUGUUAGAUGGCGUACGCUUGAGGGAUAGCCUUGGAGAUGAGAACAGCCUGUUUCAUCCACAGCUUGCAGUGUAUUUUUCUCCUGAAACAUGACUCUUCAAAAGUCAAUUUAAAUCUGGUGCAAUCCCAGGCUAAAAUAUGUUAUGUUGUAAAAAAAAAAACGUAUGUUAAAUGUAGAGCCCUUGUAAAUGAGUCCCAUAGAUCUGGUUGGAAUCUGCCAUUGGAGAGCUGAGCUAUGGGAACUCAGGAUCAAGGAAGAGUCUGGGGCUGCUUAUGGGGUCAGAGGUCAAGUGUCACUGUUCAGAUUCCUCUUGCAAGAGGAGACCCCUCGGCCUGGUUUGCUGUACUAUCUUUGAAUGCCUUAUUACCAGUCUAUUGUAGCAUGACAUCAUGCACAUGUAUGUAAUGUACAGCAUAACAUCGUUUAAAAAGACAUGUACAUUUUUACAUUAGAUUCGAUUGAUGUCCUGUUUUAAAGUAUAUCAACACUCAUUGGCAUCUUGUACAAAAUACGAUAAAAAAUGUAAGGACCAGGUAAAGUGAUGGCAGAAGUGUGGUGUUCUGUUGACUGUUGGAGUCCCCAAUGGCAAUAGUACUAAAGAGAGCAGUGCCAGAACAGAAGAUGUAUUCCAAGAGCUUUGUCUGUGCAGGUAGACUGAAAACAGACACAACCAGUCCUUAGAGGACACAAACGCAAGGAUCUACAGGGCAGCAGCAUUUAACAGUCCCAUUUAUCUCCAUAAGGCUCCCUCAAUAGAGCGUCUCACAAUCUUGGUUUGAAUUACAUGGCCCAGAAUUCGUUUUUUAAGGUGGCAUCGUAAAUCUAAUUUUCAGUUUUGUCUAAUCUACACAGCUCCUUCUUUUGAGGGCAGUUACGUUUGACCAAUGUUAACUAGAACAUAUGUUUCUCAAGAAUGGGAUGUUAAGUGGAUACUCUUUUCUCUACCAGUGGUGUAGAGUACUUAAGUAAAAAUACUUUA